GGCACGCACUUAUCAACGACCUGUCGUGACCAUAACGCUGUAACUAUGGAGGCGUGGUUAAAGCGCAGCAGCCAUGCUGCUGAAAGUACAGAUGGACAAGUGAAAAAGAAAACAAAACAAGAGGCGACGAAGUCCAGAAAGUACAAUGAAGAUUAUGUUUUAAUGGGAUUUACGUCUAAGAGCUCUGACCCACCCCAGGCACUGUGUUUUUUUGCGGGGAAAAGUUAGCAAACGCUAGCAUGAAGCCGGCACACCUCCAGCGGCAUCUCACCACAAAACAUGGAUGUCACGUUGGGCAAGGACACCAGCAUCCUGAACCUGUAUGACAAGGUGGGUGGUUUCCUGAAGAAAGCAGAGAUGUGGAAAAGGGCAUGUGAUCAGGAGGAUUUCACCUGCUUUCCUCAGUUGGAUGUGUUUCUCUCAAAUGAGGAUGUGGCGACAGCUCCGGUGAAGUUAGUCAUAGUGGGACAUUUGGCUAACUUGAUCAGUGGUUUUCACUCCUACUUUCCUGACAUGGAUGAGAAAUCUGUGCAGCUGGAUUGGGUGAGAAACCCAUUUCUCUUGUCUGAAGCAAACAGAAGCAAGCUUCCUGUCACUCAUCAGGAAAAACUGAUGGAAGUAUCAUCUGACCGUGGCCUGCAGAUGAAGUUUGGUGCAUCCACUCUCACACAGUUUUGGCUGUGUGUGAGGCAGGAGCACCCUGAGCUGGGACAGAAAGCUUUGGAGCAGCUGCUACCGUUUGCAUCCACAUAUUUAUGUGAGGCCUCCUUCUCAGCAAUGAUGCUGAUCAAAACGAAGCAAAGAAACAGACUGUGCCUGGAGAAGAGCUUGAUCACUGCAGUUGCCUCCUUGCCACCAAGAAUGACAAAGAUCCUCAGUGAGGUGCAAGCACAUAUUUGUCAUUGAAUUGUAUUGAGUACAUUUUUUUCCUGUUCAUAAAUCAAUGCCUGUUACAUGUUGUUCAAUUCAAGUCAAAUGUUCAAUGCAAAGUGAUUCAAAUGCAAUCUUCUUUUUUUUUAUCCUUAAGGAGUUAACAUUAAUUAUUA